AUGACCAACAGCAGCAAGGAAUGCAAUUUUACAGACAUCGACAGAUUAGCAGAAACCCUGCGGCUGGGGAUCUCCAUCCCCACCUUCACUCUUGGGCUGGUUCUUAACGCCCUGGCCCUCUCCGUGUUCUGCUGUUUUUGGAAGAAACAGACCAAAACCUCAGUUUACAUGAUCAAUCUCGCACUUGCAGAUGUCUUGCUGCUUCUCUCACUCCCACUCAAGCUGUACUACUCUAGCACAGAAGCGCCCGAACUCCUGUGCUCAUUCAUAGAGUCUCUCUAUUUCAUCAACAUGUAUGGCAGUAUCUUCAUCACCGUCUGCAUUACUGUCGACAGAUAUAUCUGCAUAAAGCACCCAUUUGAAGGUCGAGCUAACCAAUCCCCCAAAUGGGCUAUCUUGAUUUGCUUCAUCAUAUGGACAGUAACUUGGCUUUGCAGCAUCCAAAUGUAUGCUUUUCCCAAGACAAAUUAUAUUAAAUGCUUUUACAACAUGUCAGAAAAGGCAUGGAGCAUCCCUGUCAUUGUUUCUGUGGAAGUCGUUGGAUUUCUGAUCCCACUCGUAGUGAUGGUUUUCUGCUCUGCCCAAAACAUCGUGAUUCUUCUGAAUCACAAAAGUCAAGCUAAAAAGAAGGUAGAAGGCAGUGGCUCCUUACGAGUCAUUAUCAUCAACCUCGUGGUGUUUUUGGUGUGCUUCACACCCAUCCACCUUGCGAUCUGCCUACAGUGCCUGGUAAAAUAUCACGUGAUAGAGGACUGCAGUCUGAAACAAACCAUCAGCCUCUUCAUUCAGGUGUCAAUGAUACUUGCCAACCUGAACUGCUGCCUGGAUGCCAUCUUUUAUUACUUUGCUGCAGAAGAGUUUCGUGAGAAAACACACCUGAAAAAGGUUAUCAAACUAUGUCCCAUUUUAAGCCUCGUGCCACAUGAUGGGACUGCCUAUGGUGGAAGAACUUCUCUUCCUCAGGUCCCACUUGCCUCACAGGAUGCCGACAGCAUUAUCCCUGACAUAGCAGUAGGGUGA